AUGUCCAUAGCCCCCCCCACACCCGGCUCCGAAUUUGAGCAAAGAUUCUUUUCGGAAGAUUUCGUGUUUUUCUCCUCGUUGGUCUCCUUGGAGGUGAAGCCUCAACAAAGCCGCUUCAGGAGAGAUAAGGUGCGAAGGUCGGAAACGCAGCAAGCCUGCAAGGACACGUGUCGCGCACAAACCAUUGCUUCCUUCCCAGCCCCUGGAACUUCCCUAGGGAAGAGGAAACGGGUGUGCCGCGGGAGGAGUUCAUCUUGUGACUGCUCUAAGGUUGAAGGACUGGAAGAUCGCUCUCCGACCCCUCCCACCCGACGUCACCCACAGCGACCCCGCCUCCCGACCGAAGGGCGGGGCGAAGAAACCCCGCCUCUAAACGGCCUUCCUGGAGGGCCGGGCCUCCCGCGGGGCGGGGCCAGAGUAGGGGAGGGCGGAGAGGCAAAGGAGUGGUCACGUGCGGCUGGUGGCCCGCGGUCACGUGACGGGCGGCGGGGCGCAGGCAGUCAGGCUGGGAGUUCUCCUGAGGAAAAGCCGAGACAAGUGGGGGACCCGGCGGCGGUGACAAUGGUUAUCCUGCUCGGAGAGCCAGGUACCAAUGGGUACGCUGCAAUCUGCAAUCUGCAAUCUGCAAUCUGCAAUCAUCCUGAUAGCAUCUCUGCAAACUGCAGAGAUGGAUCCAAUCUCAGUUGGAUCCAACAACAUCGACUCUCCAAUGGCCAGUCUUAUUUUGGUGAGAAGAGUCCAAAUGAUUUCGUUCCCAUUUCUGAAGACUACUCUGGAUCAGGCUCCAACACUGGGUCCGCCUCGGAUUCGGGUUCAGGCUCCUGCUUAGGGUCUGGCAUGGGCUCGGGUCCUGGUUCGGGCUCAGGAUCCGGUUCGGGCUCGGGAUCUGGUUCGGGCUCGGGCUCGGGCUCGGGCUCGGGAUCAGGCUCGGGAUCCGGCUCGGGCUCGGGCUCGGGAUCAGGCUCGGGCCCCGGCUCGGGCCCGGGCCCGGGCUUGGGCUCUGCCUAGGGUUCAGGUUCUGGCUCCGGCUCAGGAAGUGGCUUCCUAGUUGACAUGGAAUGGGAAUACCAGCCAGCAGGUGAAAGCGAUGGUGUCUUCUUCAACUAUAGGCCUUUUGAGAGGAUGCUCCACGAGAACAACCAAGAGCAACCAGAAGAUUUUAUUAUAUGAAAAUGGUCAUUUCUGUUUCCCCAUCUCAACACAGAACAAUGUAUUCAGUAUACUUUGUGUACCACACUUAGAUGGUGAGUCUUGGGAUAAAGAGUUUUAUAGAAAAUUUUAAAUGCCUGGAAAAGACUCUUAAAUCCUGUUACCCUUUCCUCAUGAAUUCUUAAGGAAUUACACUUUAAUGCUGUUAUUGUUCUAGAGAAUAUCUGCACUUAUAUGCAUGUUGGAUCAACAUGAUGAAAUUAACUCACACCCCCAUCAUUUUACUACAACUUUUAAAAGUCAUGCUGUUUUUUAAAAAUUCAAUUUGAAGAGAAAGUUAAUGAACAAUAUUUCAUACCUACAGUGUUCAGGAACUCUCUCACAUUGUGAAUUACGGAAAUACUCCUUUUUAUGAUUAAAAAUAAAAUAAAAUGAAACAGUGACCUCCUA